UCAAAUGUGUUGCCAACUCCACAGAGGAGAGAGCAAGCAGAGCUGACGGACGGACUCGUGUUGGUAGAACAGUGUGUGUACUAGAGCUGUUGGAGGCAAGGUUGUAGACGAUGGUCACAAACUUUGACGUGCUUUUGUCACAUGCAGCGCUAGAGUAGUUAAUUUGACCAGGAGCGAACAUGGACACACGAGUUUACAUGGGCAGACGAGCAUCUCGACGAGCAUCUAGCUUUAGUGGAAUAAAAAAAUCUAUAUACAACUCACUUCUACCCCAGUUCAACAAACAAGCUUUGUUUAUACUUGGAAGCGAAACUGCCUUUAAAAAUGAAUGUAAUCGUCAAAAGGCCAGUGGGCAUUGGGUAAUUCAUCCCCUAAGUACAUUAAGGCACUACUAUGUCAUGUUCAUGGUCUGGAUUACAUUUUUAAACCUCAUCUCAAUUCCGAUGGAAAUAGCCUACUCUGAAGAGGCGUAUGGCAUGGCUCGUAAAUGUUGGAAAGUGUUCAAUGUGGCAUCAGACACCAUAUUCAUGGUGGACGUGAUACUUGCUUUCAGAAUGGGGAGCCUCACUGAUGGCAGUCAGAUUGCUGUCAUUGAUCCGAAAACGAUUGCCAACGAUUACCUGAGAUCUUGGUUUAUACCUGAUGCCCUUUCUUCAUUCCCUGUCGAUUUCGUCAUUACCAUUGCAGACGCAUUCAACACAGACGACACGACUUCCCUGCAAGGUGCCAAAAUCAUGCGGAUUCUAAUGUUCGCAAGAAUCCUCAGUCUGGUUCGUCUCCUUCGCGUGUCCAGGCUAGUUCGAUUCUUCAGUGAAUUUGAACAGAUGUCCAAUGCAAAUCUGGAAGGCGUCCGUGUCUUCUUCAGAAUCAUCGGUUUAUUCAUGAUGAUGUUCAUCCUCUGCCACUGGAAUGGUUGCAUUCAGUACUUUGUGCCUUUGCUGUCAAGUUUCCCUGAAGAGUGCUGGGUUCAAACAGAACACCUUAUGAAUGCAACGACUGGCGAGAAGUACACGUUUGGAAUAUUCCGAGCCCUCUCACACAUGAUAGGAAUUUCUUAUGGCGCAGAAGGACCUCCUACAGACGAGGUAGAGCUGUGGAUUGUCAUGACCAGCAUGGUGUCUGGGGCGCUGAUGUACACAGUCAUGGUAGCCAACGCUGCGGCCAUGAUGACCAAUGUUGACGCACCCGCCAAAAUCUACAAAAACAAGGUGAGCCAUCUGGAGGACUACAUGUCCUACAGGAGGCUACCAAAGCCCCUACGCAGGCGCAUCAUUGACUACUACCAAGCACGCUACGCAGGGAAGUGGUUUGAUGAGAGGGAAAUUCUCGGUUUGCUCUCCAAGUCUUUGAAAGAGGAAAUCCUUAAUGUCCUGUGUGCGUCAAUGCUGGACAACACCCCAAUAUUCAACGGUCGCGACCCCAGCUUCAUCAACGCCAUCUUGCUUCAGCUCCGCUACGAGGUGUUCCUGGAAGGAGAUGUCAUCGUGCGACAGAACGCACCAGGAGACCGCAUGUUCUUCAUCGAGCACGGUCAAGUCUUGGUUGCCACGGACUCCUUCAAGAAAGAACUGCGCGAUGGAGACUACUUUGGUGAGAUCUGCCUGCUGACCAGUGGGAAGCGAGUGGCCUCGGUCACCGCCGUGUCCACCUGCCACCUCUUCUCCCUGUCUGUGGAGAGCUUCAACCGGGUCCUCAGUUGCUUCCCAAUCAUCCACAACGACAUCAUGUGCGCUGCCAAAAAGAGACAGCUGGACCUGAAUAACGCUGGGCAGGAGCACGGCUCGGAUCAUUUGGCAGGGCCUAGCAAGGAGUCCACGUCUGGUUUGGUCGACCUUCCUCUGAUCGAAAAAGGGAGCCUCUCAGACUUUGAUUUUGACAUGAUGAAUAUGACCACCCCCAACCCAUAGGGUAGAAAAUGACUAAAGAGCAUGACCUGGCCAAUAUUGAUUAAUAGGUUAUUGUUCACAUGU